GCUUUCACAGCGUAACUACCCUUCAAACAUCUACAAAGUGUGUGUUAUAGUAAUGUGUAUGUGUAGAGAGAAGAGCCGCAGUGUUUAAAUAAAAUAACGGAUUUAUUAGAUCAUCAGUUUGUGAAGUUGGUAGCCAGCGCUAGCCAGCUAGCUCUCGUCCCGCUAACCAAGCUAGCUGGCUAAUAGUUGAGCAAAAUAAAGUUUCACAGAAGUUGGAGAGCCUCACAUGCACCGUGAUAUCAUCGGUAACGAUUAAAUGGAGGCCCAGUCAGAAGCUAACGGGAGCUAGCUCUCAAACGAGCUGAUUUUAAGAGAAACUCGACUCGUUUUUUGAGGAAUUUUCGACGCUUCAACUUUGAUUGAGAGUGGAGGAAUGUGCUAACUUCAGCUAGCUCACCGGGAGUCAGUCAUCCAGAGAGAGUUUCAUUGAUUCACACUGCGCUGUACAGUUUAAUAUUAACGGGCUGGGGUUGUUUCCAUCGGGGUUGUGGCUCCAGCAGCAACUUAAACGAGCUGUGGUACAUAAAGAGCUUUAUAGUGUGAGGAUUAUUCAGCCGACACCAUAACCGAUCAAUACCUGCUUCUCUGGAGAUCACCGUCAAUUCUCUGGUAAUAUUUGUGCUUUAUAACAUUUAGUUUAUUCUUAAUUUAAAGGUAAUAAAGGCUCAAAUGUAAGAAAAUAUCGUGUCACAAUAUGUUGAUGUAGAUGUUUGUGUUUAAUCCACCAAACAAUAGUUUCUGAACUGCACUUUAUGUCCCUGCUCACAGUAUCACAGUAUAAUGAAUAUAUAUAAUAUAACGCCUGUAUCAUGAUACAUAUCAGCAGAUUCUCACCAAUACACAGCUCUAUAGUGAGCAAAGACACAUCAGUUAAUACUCUGAGCUCAUCUAAACAGCAAAUCUCACUCUUUAAUCGUUAAUGUUAUGUUUAAAGUUUAUCAAAAAACCUAAAAAUGUCGUUGCAGUAUUUUGUUUUCUCAUAUUAUUUUAAUUCUCAAACACUGCAUUGAUUUAGUUGUUUUGUUAAAUCCAGCAAACACUAGAUAUUAGUGUUGUAAACUUUUCUUUAAUCAGUUUUUAUGCAUAUGGUGGGACAGUUUGACUAAAACUUUUAUUAUUUAAAUUAGAAUAUGUCGCCCUGCUUACAGCGUCACAUUAUAUCUAAUGGUAACUCCUGUAUCAUCAUCAGACAUCGGCAGAUUGUUGCCUCUAAACUUCACACACACUAGACGUUAGAAAUAUCAUUCGAUAAUGUUGUAACCAUAAACUGAGGGUUGUAGUAUAAAGUAGCAUUAAAUGGAAAUACUCAGGUAAAGUACCUUUUUAAAAUCUUACUUACGUACUUGAGCGAACUGUGUUACUGUAAAUGAUCGGCUAUCGGUGUCACUAAUAAUCGGUGUCUGUAUCGGCCCUAACAACCGUAUCAGUGGAUCCUUACAGUAUAAACGUGGGUUUAAAUGAGUAAUUCAGGAGGCUGAAUGGUAUUUCACCCAAAAACCUUAAUUUUCCUCUUCGGCAGUGAGUGCCGCUGUGACUGAAGGCCAUUAGCAAGACAAAGGUGGCCUCCAUGGAGCCAGCACAGGAGUGUUUGUAAAGGGCGAGGGGGGGUGAAAAAGAGCCAAAUUCAGCAUUUUAUGGACGAAACCUGAGCCGGGAGUUUACUACAAGUCUUUAUUGAUGAUGGCGGAUUUUGUUACACCGCGACACAGCGCGGUGAUGGAGAGGCUCCGCCGGAGGAUCGAGCUCUUCCGGCAGCAUCACAACAGCUGCGAGAACCGCUACGAGAACGCCACGCUGGAGCGCCUGGAGCUGGAGAGGCAGCAGACCUUCGCCCUGCACCAACGCUGCCUGCAGGCCAAAGCCAAGAGGUCCAACAAGCACCGGCAGCCCCAGCCCAGCGGAGACCAGGCCGGACAGAGAGCGGCGGGUGGCGGCGGCGGGGGCGGCAGCACGGACCACGGGGAUGGCGGAGGGACGGCGGCGGAGCAGAGCCGGAACAGCACGCUGAUAGCGCUGCAGGAGACGGUGAAGAGGAAGCUGGAGAGUGCUAGUUCUCCUCUGGGCAGAGAUCAGGUCAACGGUUUCAGCGACGGUUUCCCCCCCAACAAAAAGGCCUGCUUGGACAACGGCACCGCCAACGGUUCCCCACUGGACUCCAAGCUGGGGAUCAGCGACGCACUGAACUCUAACGGCACCCACGGGUCGACGGGUGAGUCGGCGGAUGGCAGGGAGUCGGGGUCCGACUUCCAUCGGAAGGAGAUGAAGCAGGAGCCCGACGACAUCCUGCCCAUCAUGCCGCCGUCGGGAGGAGGCAACAACAGCCUGUUCCCCGACCUCAACCUGAACGAGCAGGAGUGGACGGAGCUGAUGGAGGAGCUCAACUGUUCUGUGGCCUACGAGGACAUCCAGGACAUCCUCAACGACAGCUUCGAGGACCGCAAAGACCCUCUGGAGCUUGCGCCGCCUCCCGGUGGUGCUGUGUCGGUGGGAGGAGGAGCAGGAGCAGGAGGAGGUGGCGGGGGAGGCCAGUCGUCCCAGGGUCUGCUCCCUCCGGAUCUGGUCAGCGUGAAGUCGGAGUUCUCCCCGGCCUCCGUGGCCUUCGAGCAGGACUCUCGCACCGGCUCCCCCCACGUCAGGUCCACCUCCUCCGGGCCUCCUCCUCACCCCACCAGCUCACCUGUCGCCUCCUCCUCCGCCUCUUCCCCGGCCCUGCCCCCGUCCCAGCCUGCUCCUCCCCCAGGCAGCCAGCCUCCCCCCAACCACCAUCUCCCUCCAGGCCCCCCGGUGCCCAAGGACCUGUCCCCCGCCCAGCAGCUCCAGCAGCUGGCCGCCCAGCAGCAGAGAGCCCAGCACCUUCACGGCCAGAUGCAGCAGCACAAACAGCCACAGCCGGGGGCCAAGUUCCACAACCAGGGGCCCCAUGCCCACCCCCCGCCUUGGCCCCAGAUGGCCAACACCUCUCAGAGCUCACUAGGGGGCGCGUUUGGUAUGGACAAGCCGACGAGCCCCUCCCUGUACCCACAGGACUUCAACCCCAACGCCCAGAAGCAGCUUCUGAUGCCCGGUCAGCCCAACAAAGGCUCUCCUAAGGCGGGGGCCGGCAGCUACAUGGGGCCGGGGCCCGCCGGACACCCCAACAUGCUGAGUCACCCGACUCCAGGGCCACCUCUCAGCCACCCGCCGGCGCCGGGGUCUCAAGCCUCGGCCGCCAUGCUGAACUACAACAACACCAAACCUCUGUCGCACUUUGAGGCGGGGCCCGGACCGCCGCGGCUCCCCAACGCUCAGAACCAGAAUAAGGCGGCGCUGCUGACGCUGCUCAGACAGCAGCAGCAGCAGAUCAAACAGAAGCAGAACAGCAUGAACUUCCGCCAGCACAUCCCACACACACAGGACCAGAACAACUACCCUGCUCCCCCACACGGCCCGGGCCCCGCCAACACCAUGGCGCCUGCGCCCGGAAGCAACGCCAUGACAGCCCAGCCGGGGGCCAACGCAGGUAUGGCAGGUAACCACGGUAACGCUGCGUACCUGAGCAGCCAGGCGGCGGCGGUGGCCGCGGCACUGAAACAGCAGCAGCAGCAUCAACAUCAACAGCAGAUCCUGGAACAGCAGAAACAGCAGCAGCAGCAGUACAUGCAGAGACAGCAGCUGAUGGCUGAACAGGAGAAACAGCGGCAGCAGGACCAGCAGCUGCAGAGACACCUGACCCGACCUCCCCCGCAGUACCAGGACCAGCCGGGACAACCGGCCAAUCAGAACCCUUUCCCACAGCCGCCAGUCAACCAGUUUACAGCGUCCUCUCAGCCAAUGGGGGGCGUUGGCUCUAUGGGAGGCCCCGCCCCCGGGUCCCAGCGCAUGUUCCCUCAGAACCAGGGCAUGAUGGGUAUGAACAUGGGUCAGGGCGGUGGGCCGGCAGGAGGCGUAGCUCCGCCCCCGGCAGCGAGUCAGGCUGACAUCAGUCUGUCGUCCUGCGGGGGCGGAGGGGGCGGGGGCGGCGUGGACGUCCAGCAGGUGCUCUACAACAACAUGAACCUUCACCCCAACCACCCGACGCUCGCCGCCCACCCGACGCAGCAGCCCAGCCUUCAGCGCCAGCCUCUGGGCCCAAUGAGCGCCGCCUACAGGCAGAACCUUCUGGCUCAGCAGCAGCAGCACCUGAAGGCGCAGCCCAACGCCGCCAUGUUGAAGCAGCAGCAGCUGGCAGCCGCCGCCGCCGCCCGCAUGCCGGGCUCCAUGCAGAACAGUAUGGGAGCCAACCUGCCCGGCAGCAUGCAGGGCGCCCAGAGCGCCGCCUGGCAGCAGCAGCUCGCCAACCAGCCGCCCUCCAGUAACGCUGGCCUGCCCCCCAACGCCUUCAACAACCCCCCCAACGCCUUCCACAUGCAGCAGCAGCCUCGCAUUCCCAAGAUGCCGCCUGGCGCCGCACCCUUUGGUGCAAACCCCGGCGGGCGUCCGAUGGGCGGACUGAACCCCGUGCAGCAGAUGAUGCAGACGAACAUGGCUGCCCAGCAGAGGGCGCCGCCCAACCCUCAAAGCCUCGGCCCUCCGAUGGCCAAUCAGCAACAGACUCAACAACAGCAGGCCAAUCAGAACCAGGCCGUCCUCCCUGACCUGGCGGCGUUCGGACCGCCGCAGGGCAACGGCCGCCAGGGACUGCAGUGUAACCAGGGAUACCAGGUGAGCAGGACUGCCAGCCAGCAGCAGCAGCAGGUGUCGUUUGGAUACAACGUGGCGUCGGGGAGCUUCGCCGGGGAGAGCGAGCUGGUGGACUCCCUGCUGAAGGGCCAGAGCACGCAGGAGUGGAUGGCCGACCUGGACGAACUGCUCGCCGGCCACCACUAGUCGGACUCACCUGCCUGCACCUGCUGAGCUGAGAGGCCGCACUGAAACCCGGGAGACGAGUCGCUGGUGACUUUCUGCAGCAGCCGUGUUUAAAAAAAAAAAACAGCGACACGAUGUUUGUCUGUUAGCAUUAGCCACGCAGCUAACGAUGAGAGCUCGUCUCGCUGGCUGUAAAAUAACGAAGGUCGUCCGAUCUCCCGCCGUUUGCUCAGAGACACUUCAGCAGACGGAGGAUCGAACCCUCUGUCAGCUGACACCCAACCACUGACCCACUGGUGAGGAAUAAAACCAGUUGAGUCGCUGCUCGGUGCAGAUUACACACCUGAACAGAAACACCUUUAUUUCUCCGUCUGCUAAAUUAAAGUUAAUAAAGUUAUCAGGACGCUUUUAUUCAACCACAGAGGAAGAAAUACAGACGGCUACCUCGGUAGAACCGUUAUUGAUGAUUGAUCGAGGUCUAAAUUAUAUCAGACAUCAAUCAAACUGACCCUUCCUAAGCCCCGCCCCCUUUUGCUCUGUGCUCCAAUCACGGUCUACUUCCUGCUUUCCUGUGCUUGGAUAUGCUACAUGCUAAGCUAAUCUAUGUUGAAAAGAAGACCCCAGUUUGAAGACGAUUAAAAGAUAAAAGAGACAUUAGAGUAAAUAUCGAAUUAUAUAUUGAACGAGCUAAUCAUCAGUUGUUAGCAUGUUAGCUACUUAUAGCUAAUGUUAGCAAAAUGGAAGCUAACUAGCUAACAGUCGAUUAGCUAGCCUGCGCGUAGCAGAUCUUGCUCAUCGGAGCGUGGAGCAGAAAGGGGCGGGGCCUAGGAAGAAUCUUAAACCUGAUUGGAGGAUUGAUUGUGUUGAUGACUUUAUUGAUCUGUGUGUUCUAGCAGGUGUGUGUGUGUGUGAGCCCGAGCUGCUCGUCAGAUGAUCAGUGUGUAUUUGUUGUGUUACACACUGUUUGUGGACGACUGGAGGCUGAACGGAGGAGUCGUAUUAAGACUACUGAACCACUGCACCCGCCCCACAGCGCCACCUACAGACCGUCACUUCCUUCUGUCUGUUGGUGAAAUGUUACUGAAACUUUAACACACAUUAGAAUUAUGUGAUCGAGUCGUUUUAAAGUUGUCUCUGCACAUUUUACUCCGUUGACUACGAAUACUUUAUAUUCCCUUCUUCUAUAAAACCCGAUCAUGUUUCAGUUUAAUGUCCGAGUGCUAUAAAUUCACCACGACACGCUACUGUGAGCAGAUUAAAGGCAGACACGAUGCCGGAGAUCAUUUUCAUAUCUUAUGGAAAUAUCUGCCAUUACGCUGCCGAGAGGACGAAUAUUUAAAUAUGUGACACAGCGCAGCGUGUUUGCUUUAGGAAAAUGAGCCGCAGUCAUGUAAAGUGAUUUUAUGAUGAGAGGGGAUGAAGGGUCGCGGUCAACCGAGCGUUUCUGAUCACGAUAAUUAAACUUCAGUCGGAGUUCAUCUGCAGAAAGACUGAAUUAUUGAUUAAGUUUCAGUAAAGCAGUAAAAUGUUCCUCUCGUCGUUCUGAAGGAACCGCAGAGACACGGGAGCGACUGUACGUCUCCUACAAGCAUUAAUCCGUCUCCACUACAUUUCAGCUGCAGUUCUUCCUGUAAGAGGGUCCACUGGAGCUCCUGGGCCCGUUUCCCUCUCGCAGUGUUUAAAACAUCUUGCUGUAGAUUUAAAGCAGCAACAGGAAACAGGUUUCAGUCUGUUAUAAAGACGGUUGCACACGUAGCACCUUGUUCUAUAAACCGGUUCCACCAAAAGUAAAUGUGAACGUUGGGUUCUCAGCAGGAAGAAAAGCACAUGAAGUAAAGCGUCCUGGAUCCCAGUGGUUCUGUACAGAGAACAAAGUCCUGAUGAGUUCUUAUUGGUUAGAAAGAGGAAUUCAGUGGGUUUCACUCUGCAGGUUAAAACUCAGAGUUCUUCAUUGAAUUGAAGGUAAAAGAGACUUUGGACCUUCACUGUAAACUUUGAGACGCAGUUUUCGGCUCCUGAUGUUUCCUGAUGUGUUGAAGCUACUUCCUGUUGGCUCCGACCGCCGGCGGUGAAUCUGACGCUGAAUAUGACCUCGUUGUGUCCACAUAGUUUUCAGUAUAUAAAGUAGUCAGACCUUCGCUUCACGUCCGACUCGCCGCCCGUCGUCCGACCUGCUCCGACGUCUGCAGCCUUUAAGGUGGAACUGUGGCCUGCUGGUCCUGUUGUUAAGGUGGAACUGUGAUCUACUGUACUGUUUGUGUUUGCAGACCUGUUGUUGUUUUUAUUAUUAUUAACCGUCUGCUCGGCGCCGGUUUCACCGUUUCAUGCCCAUCGCUGCCGAUCUCCCGACGAACCUUCAGCUUCCAGCGUCGUUCAGUUCUCUGUGUUCAACUGUGUAAAUGUAUAAAUAUAUUUUUUGUAUGUAAGCCUUUCCUAAUGAUCUGGAGAAGAUAGAGGUUAUUUUUAUAUAUUGCAGCGGAGUUUUUGUAAGUAUUUUAUACUUUUGAUAUGGUUCUCUGUAAAACAAGAGUAUUAUGUAAAUAUAGUUCUUUAGAAACA